AUGGCUUCCCAACUAGUUAGAACAAAUUUAAAAAGAUUCUACUCUUCAAGCUUUCGCUACUCCCAAAACUCCCAAAAUUUCCAAAAGAAUUUAGUAUAUCUAUACAUCACAAUCAGUGUUACUUUGCCGUUUUUGCUACCAAUCAAGUCCUCUUUAAAAUCUGAUAAUAUCGAUGCUAAAGGAAUAACUUCUCACCGUUGUUUGCUCUCCAAAAUAUGA